UCGCAAUCGAGGUGAGAUCGCAAGCGUCGCAGUUUCUAUACGUAGCGCAAUUGUAGCAAAACCAACAUGUAUGGAUUUGACCAAGGUGUUUUAAAUAGAGAGUUGGCUUCACAUAGAACAACACCUCAAUCGGAUUUUUUAAAAAAAAGUUAAGAAUGUAACAGUCACGUUCAAUGUUUAUGUUUACAUCGGGGACGCUAUUUUCGAAGCUAUUUUCGCUUUUCCGUGGUAUUACGAAUGUAAAAGUUCACGAAAAGUGGCACGAAAGUUAAAGUUUAUACAAGAAUUCCCAAUGUUCUUUCUAGUGUUUUAAAAUGGUAUCGGUGAUAUCGAGCUGUAGUUCUUGCCACCUGUCCCAGAACCAGAGCUAGCUAAAGGAUUCGGCAAACCGGUUGCAGCACUUGCGGCAGCUGCGUCACUUUCGGCAGUUGCGUACGACAUUUCGGCUUGUCAAACACGAGAUCGAAUAUGAGCGUUCAAAAGUGCAGCACGAGCGGCAACUGCGCCAUUGCCUGAACGUUUCUGGACCCUACCCCAUUGCAGAUAGGUAUGCAGCCGGGUCUCUUACAGCUUAAGAGACCCGCUGGCAGAUCAAUUUUGGGUCUCUUAAGCAUUAAGAGAUCAGGUUGCAUACAUUUUGGGAAUAGGGUACUCACUCACUGUAAAACACAACGAGGUCGCUCGUUUGAUCCUAAAUAGAGAAAUCAAGUAUUUAAACAUUCCAAAAUGAGUGAAAGCAGAUAUUUUGCCUGCUAAAAUCAUUAAACUUGUCCGUGUCUUCUUUUUCUUAAAACGCACGCUACUUUGUUGAUCGGCCCUACUGUCAAAAAAUUAGUAUUAUGGCUUGUCAAAGCGUCUUUGACGCCACCUUUCUAUUCAAAACACCUGUGUCUAGUUUCUACCGGUACAUGGUGGUGGUUAUCGAUCUGUUUGAUGUGAAUGUUGGCAGCGCAGUGGGUAGGUAAAACACUAUCGACCGGAUACGUUCGAUUGCAAGUACUGGCAACAUCAAUAACACUCAAAGGAAACAUUACAUUUCUGUUUACUUUUCGUCGUUCUUCGUCGUCGGUGUCACCAUGGUAGUUGCCCUCUCGCUCGUCGUACUGAUCUAGUGCAGAUAAUCUGAAUAUGUGUUAUGAACCAGCCGAUCAUGAGCUCCAUGGGUGAUUGUUGCUAUCAGCUGCAGGAUGCCGUCCUCAUGCCUGAGCCAGAGCUACAACAACGACUGGAGAGUGCCUGGACGGAACGACACGCGGCAGGUAUCGGGUUUCGGUACAGGCUGAAUAUAGAAAAACAGCGCAUUGUUCCAGGACAUUUUCAAUUCUUGCUACAACUGAAUCGUGACCGCCUGACACAACGUCGCCAGCCACAACAGAUAUCCCUGGAUGCCCCCUUCGAUGAGUCCAUAUUUAAUUUCACUAAAGUCCACAACGAUGAGGUACUGCUCGAGCUGCAGCCAGCGUCAGAGGACAUAGGACAUUGUGAACUUCUACGUCGUGUUCCGGUGACGUUGCUUAUCAACAAUAGUCCUCUGUCAAUUUAUCACUCGCUGGUCGUACCGGAACGGCACAAGUGCUGUCCUCAGCGGCUAACACCAGGUGCCAUACGGAUGGCUUUGGAACUAUUGUACCGGCUUCCCGAUCGACGGUACCGACUUAGUUACAACAGUCCCGGGGCGCUUGCCUCCGUGAAUCACCAGCAUCUACAUCUAGUGCGUGUUGAUCACGAGCUCUAUGUACAGCGUGCGCCUCUGAUUCCGGUUGGUAACGAUGAUCGAUUGACUCGCCUGACGGACGAUUCGCCGGUGCAGGGCUAUUGUUACGAGUUGUACAAUGCUCAGCGUGACCUGGAGCCCGUUUGUCGUGGUUUACAUGAGCUGGUCAAUCUGCUGGCACGGCGACAAAUGCCUUAUAAUCUAUUUUUUACAUGGACGGAGCCAACAAAACCGGCAGCAGGCACGGUUCGAGUGCUGGUGUAUCCCCGGUUGACACCAUGCGUCAACAAAAGUGCCUGUUCUUUCAAUGCGGCCGCACUCGAGAUGAGUGGUUAUGUCUCAGUUGGUGAUGCGGCUGAUUAUGAGCAGUUAGACGAAGGUAAAAUAAGGGUAGCACUUCAGGAAGCACAAGGCGAUGUGUACGGUGCGUUGCAACCGGAGUUUGCGAGUAACUCAGAGUUUACCAUCGCAAAGAGUUUAUCCGCAUAAACUGGCGCAACUGCAUGGCAUGGCAUACUUCAGCUAGCUGCAGAUUUAGAUGUAUUUUGGCGCAGGACCCUAUGUAUUAGAAAGCCAGGAUUUUUCAACUAGUCGUAUACAAAAAUCAACGACUACGAACGGCUACGGCUGCAUUUUUUGUUAAACAUAAUAUAAGAUUAUAUGAAAUAACAACCAAAUUACAU